AAAAAAACGGAAUUCAAAUUAUUAAGUGGGUAUUCUCCUCUGUAGAGGUUCUUUGUUGCUGUUUUGUUAGCUGGCUGGUUACCUGUAAGGUUUAUUUACGAAGCGUUUGUAAUAAUUAUAAGUUCAUACAAAUUUAAUUUUUUGAGUAAUUGAGUAAGACAGGAGCUGUUUGGUGCUCAGCUAAAGCUAAAGCUCUGUUUAACACUGGAGUGUGGGGGGCUGUUGCCAGCUAGCUAGGCUAACUGUGCUGAUGUAGCGUUUUUUCUUUAUCGUUACUUUUUUAAAGGAAUAUAAGUCGUAUCUUAAGCCUAUCUAAGAUAAAUAAAAUGGCAAACGACAGACUGAGAGCUCUGGAGGACGUGGAGAAGGAGAUCGCCGUCGUUCUUCAGUGUGCAGGAACCAUAAUACUGGAGCUUUCAAAAGAGAAGCACAAUGCAAGUCUCCUGGAUCGUCAGCUCAACCAGUUCCAGACUUCCCUUAACAGAGUGGAGAGUGAGCUCAGCUCACAGAUCCGCUAUCUUACACAGGUGGCGACAGGGCAGCCUCAUGAAGGCUCGACGUACUCAGCCCGAAAGGACUGUCAGAUGGCCCUGAACCGUGCAGAGUAUGCCCGCGUAAAACUGGGAGAACUAGGGCGUACCUGCGAGUUAAUGCUUGACCCACAGACCUGAUUCACUUGCAUUAACAUUUUAACAACCCAAUGGACGGAAGUACUUCAAAACCCCCUGUUUAAGGAUGUAUUUGACAGUCUUAUGAGGAACAAGACUUGGCAGUUUUGACACUAUGGUGCUCAUCUAGCUGCAAUCUGCAAAAAGCACAGCUUGUGUUUCAGGAACGAACUAGCAAAGUAAAGUCUUUGUUUUUUUUUUUCCCCCACCCACAAAACAUCUUAUCACACUGGUUAUCUGACAUGUUUUUUUAAUAAACAAUAAAAGUGAAAAGUGUUGAAACAA